GUAUAUAUAGUCCUGGACAGGAUGGGAUAUACUCAUACCCGCACCAUGAAGUCAGCAGCGAUUUUCAUGCUGCUCAGUGGCAUUGCCAUGCUGUUGCAAUUCCAAGUGGACUGUACAUUAUGCCCACCUGUGACAGAGGAUGUCUUUGCAUUUAUUAAUGGCACACCUGAACAAUAUAUAGAUUUUGUAAGCAAAAACACGGAUAAUCAAGAAAUUAUAGAAAAUGCCAGAAACCUGAAAGCCUGUAUUGAUUCAAAACUGACAACCGAGGACAAGGAUGCUGCUAUCAACUUGGUGAAGAAAAUAAAUGGCAGUCAAUACUGUAAUGACAUGCUGAUCUCACAAAGCAACUGAAUGCCUGGACUUAUCCUGAAUCUUCACACUUGGCAAUUGAUCCAUGAAGAUGCUUAGCCUCUGAGUCAAUAGUGCUUCCUCUCACCCAGUGCUCCGUUCCCCCUCUCCUGUUGCAGAAUGGCAGCUGACAUAAGAAUCUUCAAUAAAC